AAAGGGCUGGUAUUUAAAAGGCGGUAUUGUUUACUUUAAUGUCGGAUUCGCAGUUAACAGUUGCUUAUUUCCAUGCUGGGCUUAAAGGGAUGUUGACGCUGUUUUAACUCCAGAUACAGUUCCACGCUGAGAGGUGUGUGUGCCUCGUACUCCUCUUCCCGUGAAUGCCUCUCACUAUGGCUAAGAGGGAGACGGGCAGCACCAGCCCUGUGGUGCGACAGAUAGACAAGCAGUUCCUGGUCUGCAGUAUUUGUCUGGAGCACUACCACAACCCCAAAGUCCUGCCCUGCCUGCACACCUUCUGCGAGAGAUGUCUCCAGAACUACAUUCCGCCACAGUCCCUCACGCUGUCAUGCCCAGUGUGCAGGCAGACGUCCAUCCUGCCUGAGAAGGGUGUAGCAGCGCUGCAGAAUAAUUUCUUCAUCACUAACCUGAUGGAGGUGCUACAGAGAGAGGCAGAGUGCUCGCAGCUCGAGGAGCGCAGCGUUCUAGAGUCCGCCAGUGCCGCCAACUCGGCUCAGCCGCUGUCCUGUCCCAACCACGAAGGCAAGGUGAUGGAGUUUUACUGCGAGUCGUGCGAGACAGCGAUGUGUCUUGAGUGCACGGAGGGAGAACACCGCGAGCAUGUGACUGUUCCUCUGCGUGAUGUUCUCGAGCAGCACAAAGCAGCGCUCAAGGACCAGCUGGAUGCCAUUCGGAACAGGCUUCCUCAGUUGACGGCAGCCAUCGACAUCGUGAACGGGAUCUCCAGGCAGCUCUCUGAGAGGAAGAACGAGGCCAUAACUGAGAUCAGCAGCACCUUCGAGGAGCUGGAGAGAGCACUGCACCAACGCAAGAACACCCUCAUUACUGACCUGGAGAACAUCUGCAGCACCAAGCAGAAGGUGCUUCAGGCCCAGCUGGCUGCUCUCGUGCAGGGGAAGGAGAAUAUCGAGAGCAGCUGCAGCUUCACAGAACAGGCUCUGAGCCACGGCAGUGCCACCGAGAUACUGCUGGUGCAGAAGCAGAUGGGAGAGAGAGUGGCAGCGCUGGCGCGCCACGCUUUCCCCGAGCAACCGCAUGAGAACGGGCACCUGGAGUGCCAAGUGGAGACCGAGGGCCUCCGGCGCUCCAUCCAGAACCUGGGGGUUCUGAUCACCACUAGUGCUGUGGGUCACACCAGUGUGGCUACAGGCGAGGGACUGCGGCAUGCCGUGGUGGGACAACACACCACUGUUACUGUUACCACCAAGGACAAGGCCGGGGAGUUGGUGAAGACAGGAAGUGCAGCUCUCAUUGCUCAGAUCACUGCGCCUGACGGCUCCGUCACUGAUGCCGAGGUGACAGACAACAAGAACGGCACGUACGAGGUGGGCUACACGCUCUCCAGUGAGGGCGAGUUCUCCUUCUCCUUGCUGCUGUAUGGCCAGGCUGUGAGGGGAAGCCCAUUCCGCCUGCGCGCCGUCAAAGCCAGCGACGCACCACACUCCCCCGAAGAUGUCAAGAGACGUGUGAAAUCUCCUGCAGGAGGAGGAGGAGGGGCUCACGUCCGUCAGAAAGCACUGCGUCGUCCAGCCAGCAUGUAUAGCACCACCAAGAAGAAGGAGAACCCCAUCGAGGAUGAGCUCAUCUAUCGAGUGGGAUCGAGAGGGCGUGAGCGUGGAGAGUUCUCCAACCUUCAGGGCAUCUCGGCAUCAACCAAUGGACGUAUAGUGGUGGCUGACAGCAACAACCAGUGCGUACAGGUGUUCUCGAAUGAUGGUCAGUUCAAGCUGCGCUUCGGUGUCCGAGGUCGUUCGCCAGGUCAGCUGCAGCGUCCCACCGGUGUGACCGUGGACAUGAACGGGGACAUCAUCGUAGCAGACUAUGAUAACAGAUGGAUCACGAUCUUCUCUUCUGAUGGAAAGUUUAAAAGUAAAAUUGGAGCAGGAAAGCUGAUGGGACCCAAAGGAGUCGCCGUGGACAAAAAUGGUCAUAUUAUAGCUGCAGACAACAAAGCCUGCUGCGUCUUCAUCUUUCAGUCCAACGGCAAACUGGUGACCAAAUUUGGAGCCAAAGGGACAUUAGACAGGCAGUUUUCAGAUAAAAUUACUCCAACCACCCCAACAGAGCCAAAGCUCAGUAAAUCGGGCCCCGCCUUCAGUCCUCAUUUUGUUGCUGUGAACAACAAGAAUGAAAUAGUAGUGACAGAUUUCCACAAUCACUCUGUUAAGGUGUAUAACGCAGAUGGCGAGUUCCUGUUUAAGUUCGGUUCUCAUGGAGAAGGGAACGGCCAGUUUAACGCUCCCACAGGAGUGGCAGUGGAUGGGAACGGAAACAUCAUUGUUGCAGACUGGGGUAACAGCAGGAUACAGGUGUUUGACAGCUCAGGCUCGUUCCUGUCCUACAUCAACACUUCAGCAGACCCGCUGUAUGGCCCUCAGGGUCUGGCCCUCACCUCCGAAGGACACGUGGCCGUGGCGGACUCGGGGAACCACUGCUUUAAAGUCUACCGUUACCUGCAGUAGGAAUCCCAUCGAGGAUCAUCCAGCAAAAGUAUUGUACAUGUGUAAUUUUUUUUUUCUUUCUUUUUUUCUUUUGCACACCACAAAGGCCCCGGCCACUGAAACAACCUUGAUUCAAUUUGAAUCGAAUUUCAAGCAGGGUCUGACGUUAAUCCCUCAUCGACGUCGCACUGAUUUGAAUCGAUUGUGAAUGACGAAUUAAAUCCAAAUGAAACGAGACAGCAUUACCAACAUAAGAGAGUAAUAACAAUCACAGCACUCUGAGAAGUGUUCGUGAAGGCAGCUACUCUUCAGCUUUUACACUUUAUCAACAUGUUGGUUUACGAUGAUCAAACUAAUUAAUUAUGACAUUUUCAGUGGUGUGAAAUUCCUUAAUUAUCAACAAGCUGUCGGGGGGGGGGAACGUACUGUGAAAACAAGCCAUUUUCUAUUAAGCUAACUUGACUUGUGCAUACGUUAAUGCAUCUGGAUCAUAUAUAUCAUGUGCAUUCACAAUGCUUCAGUAGGAUAAAGCUUCAAAUGGCAGUGUUUCAGCUCUUAAUGUACAGGUAGAGGACAAGCAGCUUCUAGUUCUAACGCUCAUCUGCCUUAAAGAUCUCUGAGUAUAUCUGACCAGGGUGUCGGCCAUAUCACAGCACAACUCUAGGCAUAGUGAAGGACGUUUUUUAAUUUAUUUUAUUUUGUAUACAGUGUUAUGAUUUACACAUUGCUGUUGCUGUUGUUUUUUUUUUUUUUUAUAAUUUCUGCAAUCUUUAUCUGCAAAUGCCUCGACAUACAGUAGAUGCUACUGCAUGAACCGCUUCAGUGUAGGAAGGAAACGUAUCACCAAACAUGAAUGGUGCAUAUCCUCGAGACCAAAAAAACAACCACCCCAAAACAGUUUGUGCCAAGAGUACAAUUGAGCCAAGAGACUAUUAGAGGUGUUAACAGUUUUGCUUCGAAAGUUUAGUAGCAAAUCAUAAAACUCUAGAAUCCACCAUUUCCACGUUGCAAGCUCGGCAUAAUUUUUUUAAUAUUAAAUCCCUGCAAUUUUACGAGCAGUUGAAAAGGAAAAGCCGUGGAAAAUGCAUUUCCUCAUCCGGAGCCAUGGGGAGUUGAUUUAUGGGGUUGAUUUUGUGCCAAAAGGACAAAAAUCCACAUGCAAAAUCUUAUCACAAUCAAAUAUAAAUGAUAGAUAGAUAAAUAUAUAAAUCUUUAAUAGAUAACUAACCCAUCUUCGACUCGUUCAGUAUCAUGCUAGCUGAAUGGAAUAUAUCUGAUAUACCACUCAACACCAGCCAAUGUUAUUUAAAUCUGUCACUCAGAUCCGUGACGUACUGUGUUUUUCGUAUGAAAAAUGCGAGUUUCAGUACGAGAAAAUAAACUUCAUGUCUUCAA